CAGGGGCGGACUGACAACUCAUGGGGCCCCCGGGCAAUAGGGGAUCAUGUGUCCUUGUCCCUGUGUCCUUGCCCAAACUCAAAAAAGCCUAUGAAAAAGGUACCAGGGGCAUCUCAUGGGGCCCUCUACUGACCCCGGGGCUCUCGGGCAGUGCCCGAGUUUCCAAAUGGUCAAUCUGCCCCUGGUUAACUAAUGGCACGCCACCUGCAGGUCCGCAUUCUUCUGUGUGGGUGGUGCGGCUGCACUGAUUUUCGUGCGGAUCCAUAGUGGCACCACCUGCACAGAUGUGAACCUAGCCUUACUACUGGAGGGACUUUCACAAUCAUGA